AUGCACGCACUCAGCCUCCUCGGUCUCCUCUGCACCUCGACACUCGUCGAGCUCGCAACGGCAACGGCCCCCCUCUUCACCGUCAUGGUGGCACCCUUCCCCAACUCCACCAACACGACCAGCGGCACCAACACAACCAGCGGCAGCAACAGCACCGACACGCCCAUCCCAUGCUUCCCCUUUGAGGAUCCCGACUGCUGCAUCGACUAUGCUGUCUGCCAAUGCAAUAACGGCAGCUUCUACACGACCAACCAGCAAUACGGGGCCCGGAGCAUGUGCCACCCGCCUGGCAGCUUCCAGUACGGAGAGGACGUCAGCUCCGUUCCGGGCUUUUGCUGCUUGGACAUAAAGAUGGCACACAAUAUUCUGGCUUAG